UUUUCGACUUUGUUCACCUCUUAAUCAAAAAAGCUGGAACAUCAAUGGCUCUAGAGAAGACUAGAUUCGAAAACAUAAACCCAUCUCGUUUCAUCACCUUCACUUUCCCCAACCCCUCCAACUCGACCACCCUCCUCCGCGUCGCCGUCCUCGACACACCUUUUCAACUCACCGGCUCACCCCGAGUCGCCGCCAUGCUCGUCCCCAAACAACGGGAGUCCGACUGGAUCUUCUCCACCGAGUCCGGUCACCUCCAGCUCCUGCUCAGCUCUCCCGGGAUCGCCCGCCUAAUCCUCACCGGCAACCAGCCCAGCAACGGUCACCAUUCACGGGCAAUCUACCACCGUCCAGCUAGAAACGACUCGUCGUGUGAUGGCGAACUCGGGGUGAGUUUGAAACCUCUUUUCCUUGCUUUAUCUCCUAAGUCUUGCUUCAAACAUGGCAUUCCUGAGAUACCCAUUUUGAGUUAUGAGGAUAAUGUGAUUUGUGGUGUGGUUUUGGAGAGGUGUGUUGGGUCUUUGGUUGGUGAAAUGGUGGUGGAAGAUGUGGAGAUUGAGAGUGGUGGUGAGGCUUCAAAGAGGGAGUUCAGGAGGCGUUUGAGGUUUAAAAGAAUGCCCAAUUUGGUUCAAACGGAGGUACGUAUUGUUCCCAACAUCGGUUUUGGUUUGGAUUAUGUGGAAAUCGGAGAAGUAGAGUUUAGGCUGGAUAAUAGUAUUUUAGUGCACCCUUAUUUGGUUCCUAUGGUGGCAAGUCUUCAGUUGAUUGCUUCUUAUAUUGAGGGUCGGAUUCGAAGUGGGUUUAGGCCGAAAGCUUUGUGUUUAGGAGUUGGGGGUGGAGCUUUGCUUGGAUUUUUAAAAGCCGAACUGGGUUUUCAGGUUGUGGGUGUGGAGGCGGACAAGGAAGUUUUAAGAGUUGCUAGGAAGUAUUUUGGACUGGAAGAUGGUGGCGGUGAGCAUAUCAAUGUUUGCGUUGGAGAUGCAAUAAAAGUUAUUGAGAAACUUGCGGGUCGAGGUAAUGGACAAAGUUCGGGUUCUGUUGGUGCUCAUGAGAUAGUGGAUGAUUGUGCCGUGCUCGAUGGCAAUGACGUUGAUUCUAAAUUUGAUGUAGUGCUAGUUGAUUUAGAUUCAAGUGAUGCUGGAGAUGGUAUAAUUGCUCCGCCAUUCAAGUUUGUUAGGAACGAUGUUCUUUUGGCUGCCAGAUCAGUUCUUUGUGAUAAUGGGAUCCUUGCUAUAAAUGUUAUUCCUCCAAAUAGAUCAUUUUACACAACAUUGAUACAGGAGUUCAGAGAAGUUUUCCACGAGUUGUAUGAAAUCGAUGUUGGAAAUGGGGAAAAUUUUAUUCUUAUUGCUCUUGUGUCCCCUGUUACAUAUUCUACCAGUGAUUGCGAGGAUUGCUUCCUUAACAAACUAAGAAUGGUUAUAUCAGGAGCAUACAUGAAUUCUAUAAAGAAGAUCUGAGAUGGGGUGCAAAGAGAAGGUGGGAUGAUCAACCCCUUGGGACCCAACAUAUUUUUAUCACUCCGCUUCUGGAUGGAUUGGGAGACGGAAUACGAACCUUGCGUCUGAACUUUCCACUAUACCAAACAACUCAACUGAUGAAGAAUCCCCACCAUACCUGCGUACUUUUCAUCCUUCCACUUUCCGUUCCCCUUACCGAGCAUAGUGUAAAGGUCUAUGGGUCGGGGAAGUUUAAUUGUGGGCCCUCCUAUUCAAAUCGGAAACAUGCCCCAGCAAUGUUCUUGGGAACUCCUUAAGUGCUCCCUGGAGGAGAAUUCCAGAAUUUAGGUAAGAAGUUGAUUGGGAUAGCAUGCUGGAGAGGCGUUUUUCAGAAAUGGCAAAGCGUGUGGUGGUGGCAUCGAAUGUGGAUGUGGUCCUGGCAAAGAGUUGGAUUAAGGAAAAUAACGUCAACGGGAUUUGUUUUCUCCUUGUCUAGUGAUUACAAGUGUUUUCUCCGAAUCAGUAAUUCGUAGUCUUGCUUUCUCCAGUCUCCCAGCGUGGAAGGGUAACCAGGGAAACCCUCUGUCAUUCAAUGAGAAAACUUGGAUCGGUAGUGAUGGUACCACUUUGCAGGUUCACUAUUUGAACCCAGUUGGAGAUCAUAAUUUGGUCAGAAGCCCCUGAACCAUUGAACUUACAUAUUGAAGCAAAGGAUAAGAGGCACACCUUCGUGCAAGAUUUCUUGCAGGCCUACACGCAUUUGUUUGUGCGCCACCUGUAGAGGCAAAAGGAUUGGGAGGCGUGUUUAAGUUUUCUCCUCCUUCCAUCAUCUGAACAACAACUUUCAUUGAAGGACGAUUGACUGGAUACCAUUGGAUGCAUAGAGUCCUAGAAUUGCAAGUUUGUUUGGAAUUUUACCAUCUCCUUCUUCACCUAUAUGAUUCGUAGGUCAUCUUCCUCUUCUAGAAGAUUAUAAAUCCAUUCAGGGUACUAAAUUUCAUUUGUGUUCUCUGUGGGUGAACUAACAUUCGUCCUUCCUCCUACCAUCUCAAGCAGCAGCAUUCCAAAACUAUACACAUUUGACUUAUGGGACACAUUUCUAAAGUUCCUGGAGAACACUUCAGGUGCAAUUUAGCCCAUGGUCCACCUAUCUGUAGUCAUUGACACUGUUUUUAUCCUUGGAACAUAACUUUGCUAAACCAAAGUUCAAAAUCUUUGGAGUGAAGUGGUGGUCUAGCAAAACAUUACGAGGUUUGAUAUCAAAAUGAGGAUUCGCUGAUCACAUCCUUGGUGAAGAUAUUUAAUGCCUAUGGCAAUAUCUUGCAACU